GGGUCCCCAGUGUCCGCCGCCACCGCUGUCCCCCGCGCCCGCCACUUCCGGGGCCGCAGUCCCGGGCAUGGAGCCGCGAACGUGAGCGCUGCCGGCCCCGGGACGCCCUGCCCAGCCCGGCUGCCGCCCCGCGCCCCGGUCUGUGUCCCAUGCCUGCCACUGGAAUGGAGGCUCUCCGGACCCUUUAAAAGGCACCCCCACCCUCCUGAGCUCAGCUGAGUGGUUGAUGCGGAAGGUUAAGAAGUUACGCCUGGACACGGAGAACACAGCAAGUUGGAGAAGCUUCUCGCUGAAUUCUGAGGGGGCCCAGGGGAUGGCUGCCACCACUGAGGCCCCAGUGGCUGACCGGGGCGACACAGUUGACAUGGACGAGCCGGCGGCCCGCUUCCAGGUGCAGAAACACUCAUGGGAAGGGCUCCGGAACAUCAUCCAUGGCAGCCGCAAGUACUCAGGCCUUAUCGUCAACAAGGCACCCCACGAUUUCCAGUUCGUGCAGAAGACAGAUGAGUCUGGGCCCCAUUCCCACCGCCUCUACUAUCUAGGAAUGCCUUAUGGCAGCCGAGAGAACUCUCUCCUUUACUCCGAGAUUCCCAAGAAAGUCCGGAAAGAGGCUCUGCUGCUCUUGUCCUGGAAGCAGAUGCUGGAUCACUUCCAGGCCACGCCCCACCACGGGGUCUACUCGAGGGAGGAGGAGCUCCUGAGGGAGCGGAAGCGCUUGGGAGUCUUCGGCAUCACCUCCUAUGACUUCCACAGCGACAGCGGCCUCUUCCUCUUCCAGGCCAGCAAUAGCCUCUUUCACUGCCGCGAUGGGGGCAAGAAUGGCUUCAUGGUGUCCCCCAUGAAGCCACUAGAAAUCAAGACCCAGUGCACCGGGCCCAGGAUGGACCCCAAGAUCUGCCCUGCUGACCCCACCUUCUUCUCCUUCAUCAACAACAGUGACCUGUGGGUGGCCAACAUAGAGACAGGCGAGGAGCGGCGGCUGACCUUCUGCCACAGAGGUUUAUCCAGCGUCCUAGAGGACCCAAAGUCUGCGGGUGUGGCCACCUUUGUCAUUCAGGAAGAGUUUGACCGCUUCACCGGGUACUGGUGGUGCCCUUCGGCCUCCUGGGAAGGUUCAGACGGCCUCAAGACACUGCGGAUCCUGUACGAGGAAGUGGAUGAGUCAGAGGUAGAGAUCAUCCAUGUACCCUCCCCUGCACUAGAGGAAAGGAAGACAGACUCGUACCGAUAUCCUAGGACAGGCAGCAAGAAUCCCAAGAUUGCCUUGAAACUGGCUGAAUUUCAGACUGACAGUGAGGGCAAGAUCGUCUCGGCUCAAGAGAAGGAAUUGGUGCAACCCUUCAGCUGCCUGUUCCCGAAGGUGGAAUACAUUGCCAGGGCUGGGUGGACCCGGGACGGCAAGUAUGCCUGGGCCAUGUUCCUAGACAGACCCCAACAGCGCCUCCAGCUGGUCCUCCUCCCCCCAGCCCUGUUCAUCCCAGCCACUGAAAGCGAGGAACAGCGGCUGGCCUUCGCUAGAGCUGUCCCUAAGAACAUCCAGCCGUACAUGGUGUAUGAAGAGGUCACCAAUGUCUGGAUCAAUGUUCACGACAUCUUUUAUCCCUUCCCCCAGUCAGAGGGAGAGGAAGAGCUCUGCUUCCUUCGCGCCAAUGAGUGCAAGACUGGCUUCUGCCACUUGUACAAAGUCACUGCUGUUUUAAAACCCAAGGGCUACGACUGGAGCGAGCCCUUCAGCCCUGGAGAAGGUGAAUUUAAGUGCCCCAUUAAGGAGGAAAUCGCUCUGACCAGCGGUGAAUGGGAGGUUUUGGCAAGGCACGGCUCCAAGAUCUGGGUCAAUGAGGAGACCAAGCUGGUGUACUUCCAAGGCACAAAGGACACACCCCUGGAGCACCACCUCUACGUGGUCAGCUACGAGUCGGCUGGGGAGAUUGUGCGCCUCACCACACCCGGCUUCUCCCACAGCUGUUCCAUGAGCCAGAACUUUGACAUGUUCGUCAGCCACUACAGCAGUGUGAGCACGCCACCGUGCGUGCACGUCUACAAGCUGAGUGGCCCUGAUGGUGAUCCUCUGCACAAGCAGCCCCGGUUCUGGGCCAGCAUGAUGGAGGCAGCCAGCUGCCCCCCGGAUUACGUGCCCCCAGAAAUCUUCCACUUCCACACACGUGCUGACGUGCAACUCUACGGCAUGAUCUACAAGCCGCAUGCCGUGCAGCCGGGGAAGAAGCAUCCCACUGUCCUCUUUGUGUACGGAGGCCCCCAGGUACAGCUGGUGAAUAACUCCUUCAAGGGGAUCAAAUACCUUCGGCUCAAUACUCUGGCAUCCCUGGGCUAUGCCGUGGUUGUGAUCGAUGGCAGGGGCUCGUGUCAGCGCGGCCUUCGGUUCGAAGGAGCCUUGAAGAACCAGAUGGGUCAGGUGGAGAUCGAGGACCAGGUGGAGGGCUUGCAGUUCGUGGCCGAGAAGUACGGCUUCAUCGACUUGAGCCGCGUUGCCAUCCACGGCUGGUCCUAUGGUGGCUUCCUCUCCCUCAUGGGGCUGAUCCACAAGCCCCAGGUAUUUAAGGUCGCCAUUGCGGGUGCCCCAGUCACAGUCUGGAUGGCAUAUGACACGGGAUACACAGAGCGCUACAUGGACAUCCCAGAGAACAACCAGCAUGGCUACGAGGCAGGCUCCGUGGCCCUGCACGUGGAAAAGCUCCCCAAUGAGCCCAACCGCCUGCUCAUCCUCCACGGCUUCCUGGAUGAAAACGUGCACUUUUUCCACACAAAUUUCCUCGUCUCCCAGCUGAUCCGGGCAGGAAAACCUUACCAGCUCCAGAUCUACCCCAACGAGAGACACAGUAUUCGCUGCCCAGAGUCAGGUGAGCACUAUGAAGUCACACUGCUGCACUUUCUACAAGAAUACCUCUGAGUCAGUCGUGGGCCAUCUCGGCUGCCCUGCCUGCCACCCGGAGCCAUCACAGCAGAGCACAAGUGGCUUCAAGGCUGCACUGCCACCCGGGGACCAGGCAGGAGGGACCGAGCACCCCCUCAGGCCCAUACGAGGUGCCUCUCCUACCCCCACUGGCCAGCCCUGCUGCCCUGAGGAGCCGCUGCCUUUGCCACCCCAACGCCUUUUAUCAUUUUCUUAAUGCUCCUGGGGUUUUGCCUGCUGCUUCUUGGUUGACAGGACAGACAGAUGAUGGCCAAUUCCUACAAGGCAUGGCCUCAGGCCAUCCCCACCUUCUAAAAGAAGGAGGCCACACCCUGCUGGGCACCAGAGAGACCAGAGCUCAGGCUGCCUUGGCCCGAAGAGACUCGGAGGAGCUGCACGCCUUCCACCGUGGCUCCCCAUGGCCUCUUGAUCUCUUAACCUGGCCACCACCCCCAGCACAGAAGCAUGCAAUCGCCUAUCCUCCCCAUCAGGUCCCCACUUCAUGUUUGUGUUUUGUUUUGGGGGGCAUUUUUCAUAACUAUUUAAAAGACGGCAAAGAGGUGCCUAAAUCUAGACUCGUAGUCUGUACCAGGCAGUGGGGGUUUCAACCCAGCCCCUGGUGAGCCCCAAAGCCUGAGUAGAAAGUCAUGAGGGCCCAGCAGGAGGAACAGCCAAGGCCUGCUGGGGGGCUCUGCACUCUCCCACCCCCACCUCUCCCUGAGCUUUCAGGCAGGCACUGAAACUCACUGAGCUUCAGCGCACUGCUGGUCAGCGGCUGCUGUCCCCUCCCCAGCCCAGCUGUCCAGCCGCACAUAUCUGCCUGGCCCAUACCCACCAGGGGUUCCAGGGUUGAGAGUUGGAACCAUCCCCACCUCAGGGUUAUACUUCCCCCUUCCUUUCCCUCCCAUGAAGAGUUCUGCCAGGGGUGGGCCAAAAAAAAAAAAAAAAAAAAAACAGAAACAAACCACCUCUAACAUAUUAUGGAAAGAAAAUAUUUUUGUCGAUUCUUAUUCUUUUAUAAUUAUGUGUGUAAGAAAGUAGACUCAUUAAACGAUUCCACAUGGAAACCUGC